AUGACAAAUUUAUCCGCUCUUAAUGGUCUUCUUCCUUCGGUUGCUUCAUUUUCUGAGGGCUUCGAGAAUAACGUAGGCGAGACUGCUCCAGCCAAACUUGUACGCAUUGCAAAUGUCGGUAUCCUCAGUGAAUAUGCAUUGAUCGAGAUGGUUAUUCCACGAGAGGGGAAGGAGGGACAAGAAAAGGCAAAAUCCGUCUUGUGUUAA